CGCUGUAAAAUAAGAGGCGAUGCGCUAUACUCUCGUACGAUUUUUGUUCCACCCAUCCAUCCUCUUGAGCGUUCUUCCGAGAAAAUGGCGAGAAAGAGGCGCCGAGUCCCGGAGGCCCUCCGGCGGGCGUACGGCGACCGUGCCCGGUCGCUGGAGGAGACCAUCCUCUCCCUGCUUCCGCAUCCGCCGCCACUGUCCCCGUCCCAAUGCCGGUGCCGCGGACAGCGCUGCCUCGGCUGCGGCGGCUCUGGAUACCUUCUCCGGCGAGACGACCCGCCGGACUACCGGAACCUCCUCUCCCGCGCCGUCUGCGUCGUGCCCAGCGGCGUGCCGCCGCCGCCUGUCGUGUACUCCGACCCCCGCUUGCCACAGCGCCAGAUUGUUGCAAAUACAAUGGAGUUGAUAAUUGACAAGCCACAAGAGUUCACCAAUGUGCUAUGCAGUAAUUAUGAUAAGCAAAGUUGUUUCAGCCCCACUGGUGAAUUUCUCUAUACUCGUGCUUGGGAUCUUCUUUUGACUAGGAUUGGCAAUCCAUUGAUGGCUUUUCUUCUACAGUUUUCAUCUAUUUUCAUACCGAUUGCAAACAAAAAUCACUAUCAAGUCUCAGGAACCCCGUUGAAUAGAAUUCUUCAACGUCCAGAGUCCUUGUGUACUGCAUCAAUGUUAACAAAAAAUCAGCAGUCGUUAUGCUUGAAGAACAAGUCCAAUCUGCAUUCGUUAGGACCUAAAUUGAAGAGAAGGCGAGAUGAUUUGGACGAGGGACCAACUAUGGAUUUCUCAUCUUCUGUUCUACAGCCAAAUAACUCACCGGGUGUUGAUUCCUUAGGUUCUGAUUGUCAUGGCAUCGUAGUUGCCAAGCACAAAAGACAUGCAAAGGGUAGUCAAAGAACAAGCAGGCAGACCGAUUUACAAUGUAUUUUGGGGGACCAAACUGCUGGCAUGAUCACUGAUACCAAUAUCUUCUCUACAAAAAUUCAACAUGGAUCAAACACUAAUCCACAUUUUCACUCUGAGGAUUUCAUAAGACAGCAUUAUUGUAAUGUAAUUUGUCAAACAUCUGCAUUGGAACAGAAGAAAUCUGCAUGUAGCCUUAAAAAUUGUACGAAAUCUGGUAAAGCAAUCAAAACUGAAAACCUUUUCUCUUCACAUGCCAAAGUGAUGCAUCAUAAACAAGAAGUGUCCUCAUGCUCACAGAACAAAUGCAGCGCUAUUGAUCCUAAUAUUGCAGAUGCUUUCGAAAAGUCUUCCUUGCAUGUCUUCAGUAGCACAUCCAGAAAGCACAGAAGAUUGUUUAGGUGGCAGCGCCACAGAAAAUGCAAGGUUAGCUGUUCUGGAGAAAAUCUUCUAAUGGGAAAUAAUGAAGGGCCUUCCAGGAUGAAUCUCAAGCAAAACAGUAAUGCAAAUUUUAAUCAUCAGCCUGUAGAAUCAGCAGGGCCAUUCAUCUAUGACAUAGCCAGUGAAUUAUGUGAUGCGAAGGAUCAGGAGCUUAAUAGUUUUCCUGCAUCCGUAGUAAUGGGAGAUGCUGAAGCAAUUGAUAAUCUAAACUCUCAUUCUGUGCGUUGUGAAGAGGUGUACCAAGGAUAUUCACCAUCUGUGGAAAACAGCCAUCAUCUGCCUAGAGCUAUGUCAGAGGAUAAAUGUGAAAAAGGAUCUCAUGCUGAAUCACCUCCAGAUGAGCUUCUUUCCAAUUAUAUUGGGUCCUUCAGGAACCAGCAUAUACUUAAUCACCAUUCUGACAAGAUUGCUUCACAGUGCUGUUCUUGUGUGAUGCUGCGAGCUUCACCAAAAGUUGCAGUGGGCACUCAAAUCAAGAGAAACUAUGUCUUUUAUAAUACAUUUUCAUCUUAUUCUGUUUUCCCAAGAAAUGGUAUCUUGACCAGGUUGAAACCAAACAACUCAGGUGCAAUUUCUCUUAUGAAGCAUAUUUUUGGGUUUCGUAAUGAACAUCUAAACUUGGUGACAUGUAUUAGUUGCAAUGGCUUUUCUGCCAUCAAACCCAAAUGCUUGUAUCAUUUACUUUUAGGCUCGCUUAAAGCUCUUAUACGAAAUGCUCAGAGGUGCCAGCAUAAGAAGUUGCUGCUAAAACAUUGCCCAGUUACAACUUUCGGACAGCAUAACAAGGAUGAGAAUGGAUUAGCAUCUGAGGUGGGAAAAGGAACAUUUUCGUCGCUGAAGAUGUUCAAGGAAAUCUACUCUAGGUUGCAAUGCCCAUCAAGCGUUAUGCAUCAUGAAAAUUCUGAGCAAAAAGAGCGGCCUUGUGAACAUUUGCCGAAAGUUUUUGAUCUAAAGUUUGAUCCAAUUGAAUCUUAUUGUAGACAUCAGGAAGUGGUUUCCUUUGUGUGGGCUGUUGCACGGAGCAUAGUUCCUCCAUUUCUGCUUGGAAAUUCUUCAACUUGGAGAUCCUUACGGAAAAAUAUUUCAAAGUUUAUCAGCUUGCAUAGAUUUGAAAACUUUCAGCUGAAACAAUGCAUUCAUGGACUGAAAACUUCAUGCUAUCCAUUUUUAUCAAAAGUUAGAGACUCUCACUGCUGCAAUAAUAAGGCCGAAUUCAGAUUUGGUAAUAGUGAAAGCCUAUGGAAAGAGAUCAGAAAACCCAGUGAUAUAAUGAUACUUCACAACAAUUUCUUCCUUAGAUGGAUUCAUUGGUUCUUUUCUUAUAUGGUGGUACCCAUAAUUGCUGCCAACUUUUACGUAACAGAAAGAGAGUCCAGAAAGAAUGAUGUAUUUUAUUAUCCAAAGCCAGUGUGGAGAAUAUUAACUGAAAGAUCCACUAAUCACUUGAAUGACCAGAACUACAGCCUACUUGAUCCUGCAACCUUCGAACAUAUAAUGAGAGGAAGAUCUUUUGGUUUUUCAAAGGUUAGAUAUGUUCCGAAAGGGAUUAGUGUCCGGCCUUUAGCAAACCUUAGAGCACCAUCUAAGGUAAGGCUUCGUAAUCAUGGAUCUUCGUUAAAACUUACUGCAAUGGAGGAAAGAGCAGGAAUGCAUUGCAAACAGAUGAGCGGUAGGAGUAGGCCUGUUCAUUACAAGUCUGUGAAUUCUGCUCUACGUGAACUGCAUGCGAUCCUGAGAAUAAUAAAGGUUGAACAUCCACAGUUAAUAGGAUCUUCUGUGUUUGAUUACAAUGAUGUCUACCAGAAAGUACAUCAAUUUCUUUGUAAAGUGAAAAAUAGAUCAACAAGGAUGCCUGAGGUAUUCAUUGUUGUUGCUGAUGUACUGAAGGCAUUCGACUCCAUUGAUCUGGAUAUGCUAAUUCGUAUAAUGAGAGGUGUUAUAAGAAAUGAUGAAUACAUACUGAGAAAACAGGCACGGGUUGUUUGCAAGAAGUCGUCCAUAAGGACCCUUUAUGACCAAGUAUCUUCUGAUUUUUGUACCAAGGAAAAUGGUUGCUCAAAUUCUGAGACUUCCAUUCGGUUGUCAUCAUCCAACAACAUUUUCAUUGAUCAGGGGACAUAUAAAAGGAUCAAGAAAAAGGAGAUUUGUAGUCUUCUUGGUGAACAUUUGAAGCGCAAUGUGUUGCAAGUUGGGCGGAAUUUUUAUUUACAAAAGGUUGGCAUAUCUCAGGGAAGUUUGUUAUCUUCCCUUCUUUGUUCAUUUUACUAUGGUCACAUGGAAAGGAACGUGAUUUUUCCAUAUCUUGAAAAGGCACACAGGCUGUUGAAUGGUAAAUAUAUGGUUGAUGAAAAAUUAUUUCAUGGCAUAAAACCUGUCAAAGAUGAUGCAACCUUUUUAGGGCAAUCUUGUACAAAUGAUUUGGGCAAAGAGUGUGGUAUGGUUAUAGAUAAGAGGCAUUGGCGCCAUAAUGAUCUUGCAGCAAAUGUUUGUGUCGCUGGAGCAAACAAUGAGAAUUCAUCUUUGCUGCUAGACCAUCUUUUGUUGAGGUUCACUGAUGAUAUUCUUUUUAUAUCUACCUCGAAGGAGCAGGCAAGCAAUUUCUUCUACAGGCUGAGAAGAGGGUUCAGAGAAUACAACUGCUACAUGAAUGAUAACAAAUUUGGGGUGAAUUUUGAUUUGGGACAAAACAGGCAUCUGGUAAACAGGGUGUAUACUGGUGAAGAUGGUAUAUCAUUUCUUCCCUGGAGUGGCUUGCUUAUCAACUGUCGCACUCUGGAAAUUCAAGCAGAUUACACAAGGUACUGCAGAACUACUAUAAGCUCCACUAUUACAGUUAAUGCAUGUGCUAAACCAAUGCAUCAUCUGAAAGCCAAGUUGUGUGAUCAUGUGCGGAUAAAGUGCCAUCCUAUACUGUACGACUCCAACAUCAAUUCGCCUGCCAUUGUCAGAUUGAAUGCAUAUCAGGCCUUCUUACUUGGUGCAAUGAAGUUCCACUGCUAUAUUUGUAGCAUUUCGGACAUAAUCAAUCCUAGUGCAAGUUACCUUCUCAAGAUACUUGAGUGGUCUUUCAGUUAUAUGUACAAGUUCAUUAAGAAGCGGAUGUAUGACAUGAGGCUUUGCUUCAAUAUCCAUCCUGUUCUUCUACUAAAGAAGACAGAAACUAUAUGGCUUGGAUUGUCCGCAUAUAUUCGUGUGCUCAAGAAGAAACAGUCACGGCACAAGGAACUACUAUCACUGUUGAGGACCAGGAUUGCUACAUAUGGGGGAUGGAUAAGGCUUCAUCUCAUUUGAGAUAUGCUGUGGACGAUUCCCAUUCAUCAUUUUUUUGGAAAAUGAAGUUCUAGGUUUGAAUGGAUGUAACUUCCUUUUUUGGGUUUAAUUGGUAAUUCUUAUAUUUAGUAUCUGUACAAGUAAUUAAGACAGUUGGAACUGUCUUGACAAUCCUAUACUCUCAUUUCUUGGAACUAAUAUCAGCAUUCUUUUUUUUUACAAAAAAUUUGCUGGUUGUGAGUCGCAUCUUUGAAGUGUAUGAUGAUUGUUCUAUUUUGUUAACAAAGCUUAUUUUGUGUGA